AUGAAACAGGAGGAAAUGAGCCAGACACAGCAGGCAAGUGCCGUCGCCUUGAUUUGGCGGAAGCGCCUGGGCAAGCUCAUCUCAGCGGUGACUGGGAAGUCUUUGACCGGCAUCAACAUCUCGUCGGCCAAGACGAUGGACGACAUCACCAUGCAUUUGCAGAGCCUCAUGAAGAGCUACAUGAGGCAGAGGACACUGGAGAAGAAAGACUUGAUCAAGGUCUACGACGACCUCCUGAGCACGUUCCGUCAGGAUUCGCAGAAGGAGCUCCUCAAGCUCUCUCAGAAGUCUGAGCCCAAGGCGCCCGAGACGCCGACCCCUUCGAGCGAACAGAAGCCUACUCCUUGCAGCAAAAGGAGCAGGCUUCUCGAGCCCAAGCAGCUGUUUCCCGAGUCGACUCGUGCCGAGGAAACUCCGCUUGAUUCCGAGGAUGAUGAUGAUGAUGAUGAUGAUGUCUUCAGAGACAACUAUAGGGGUCAGAAGCGGCAGCAGGCGAAGCCUGCUGAGCAGCUUCAGCUGCAGGAUGGCACACCUUCGAUGCCCAAGGUGCCCGAAGCCUCUCUUCUUGCCUUGAAGGAUGCUUCAGGUCCGUUUGCUUUGGAGGACGAAAGUCCCAGCGAGCAGGAGGAUGCGACUGCCGAGGACAAGGACAAGGAGCAGGAGCAGAGCCGGGAGCCUCCGCCGGAGGCGGUCUUGGACAUGCCCUUGCAGAUCGAGCCGGCCCUCCAAGCCUUGCUUCCUGCAAGCUUGAACGAGCAGCUUGGCAGAAAUGCCAACACCAAAGCCCCCAAAGCCAGGCCUCAAGUCCACAUUCAGUCAAGUUCGUGUGAGAAGGGUCAACUGAUCCAUAUCUGA